UGGAAGUGAAAGUGAAUGAGUGUCGGAGGCUUAAUUAGAGAGGACGCUUGCGCGAGCGCUAGUUCCUCCGUGCUCGUCGCACCCGACGCCCGCCCGACCCGACCUCACAACUCGCCAAUUGCAGUCGCCGCACGCGCUAACCUACGCUAUUUACUUCGACGACCGACUACAGAUCCUAAGAUGAGCCGACACAUCGGCUUGAUCGCAGCUGCCUUCUUGGCGGUACUUUGUGUUGCUCAGGCCCAGAGGAGACUGGCUCUACCUGACCCCAGGAACUGCGCUACACGAGUACGCCACUCUACGUACCGCGAUGCUAGAGGCGUUUCACACUCGUACUUCUUCAGCUGGGAGCACGCCCCGACCCGCAACUUGGAGGUGGACUGGUUGGACGCGAGGAACAUCUGCCGCCGACACUGCAUGGACGCCGUUUCAUUAGAAACACCACAGGAAAACGAGUUCAUCAAACAGAAGAUAGCCCGUGGCAACGUGCGGUAUAUUUGGACGUCGGGCCGCAAGUGUAACUUCGCUGGCUGCGACCGCGCGGACCUGCAGCCCCCCAACGUCAACGGCUGGUUCUGGUCCGGCUCCGGCGCCAAGAUCGGACCCACCACCCAGAGGAACACCGGCGACUGGUCCUACACUGGCGGCUACGGACAGGCCCAGCCCGACAACAGAGAGGCUGCACAGGGUAACGACGAGUCCUGCCUGGCGAUCCUGAACAACUUCUACAACGACGGAGUGAAAUGGCACGACGUGGCGUGCCACCACGUCAAGCCCUUCGUCUGCGAGGACAGCGACGAGCUGCUCAACUUCGUGCGCUCGCGCAACCCCGGCCUCCGGCUCUAAGCCUCCCGGACUAUACCCACUCUCCCACCCCCUCGACUAUACCUAGUGUACGCCUGGACUAUAGCUAGUGUUGAUCUUACCCCUGGCUCCGGUCUAUCGCCCUAACAAAAUUGUACAAACCAUGUGGCGUAAUUAAGUUAUUUAUUAUACGAAUAAAACUUAUUUAAAUAUAUUUUGGUAAAAUGGUGUUUAUUUAUGUUUCCGUUUUAGGUGAAAUGUACCCACGGUGAAUUCUCUGUAUAGUGAAAGUAAGAAUACACAAUCGUAUAGUCUGUCAAAAAAGUG